CUCGUGCCUGUUUCGACGGGCCCCCGGACGUCUCGGACGGACAUUUCCGGCAGCUUGCGCCAUGGGAAAUAGCAGCGCCCCGGCGCCGGCGGCGCACGUGCGCAGCUUCCCAAUGUACUUGGUGAAGGUGAGAGACUUCCUCCAGAUGGACGGCCCCGCGUUGCCGCACGGCAUCCUGCGCGAGCGGGGCCUGCUGCACCAAUGGUGCCCAGGCAUGUUCACCAUCUUCGUCUCCCACCAGUGGCUGGGCACCGCACACCCAGACCCAAGCGGGCAGCAGCUGGCCAUUCUGCGAACCGCCCUGGGGCGAAUGAUCGAGGGGUCCCUGCAGGUUCAGCAGGACUUGACCUCGUCGACUCCCGCGUACCGAUUGGUUGGACCGGCGCACAGCCUGACUAGCCAAACUCGGCAGCAGAUCGCUGAUGGUUUCUUGUUCCUGGACUGGUUUGCCAUUCCUCAGAUUACUGCUCGCCUGCCUGGCAUGAACGAAGACGCAACCAAGUCAGAAGCAGCCCAAGCAGUGCAAAGCAUUCCCGCAUAUGUGGAGGCAGCGGAUCUGUUUAUUGCGCUUGUGCCGGAGCUUCUCCAUGCAGACACGGGGCUACCUUGCAACUACGCUUCAUGGCUGUCGCGGGGUUGGUGCCGGGCAGAACUUUGGUGCCGCCUCCUUUCCAGCAAGCAGGAUACCAGCGUGGUCGUGGCAUACUCGGCCAACGAGGCCGAGUUUAUGCUCCCCUUGGACUGGCAGCGGCACCUCAUCGCGGACGGCAGCUUUACCGUGGAGUCGGACCGUGCCACGGUGGUGAGGCUUGGGGAAGUGGCCCUGGAGAGCAAACUGCGCACCUUGCAGGCGGCGGGGCCCAUGAGCCAGUACCGAUUUUAUUUGGCAAGUCGGCCACGACUUCUGGGGCAGAAGCAGGAGGACUUGACCCCUGAUAGGUUUCUGGAAUACUUCCAAUUCGAUAGCCUCGCUUCUGCGAUCGCGGAAAGCGGCAUGAACGGCUUGAUGUGUGCCGUGCUGUCUGGGAAUGUGGGAAUGAUACAUGUGCUUGCGGAGCACAAGGCAGAUGUCAAUUACCGCCUGCCAGAUCUCAGUGAGUUGGGGUACUAUGCGACGCAGACCUUGCUGAUGGUGGCUGCAAAGUCUUACCAGGCGCCUUCGGUGCUUGCAGCCCUCAUCAGUCUGCGGGCCGACGUGACGGCGUUGAGCCGGGCUGGCUUCGGAGCGAUAUUCUUCUCGCGCUCGGCGGAACAGGUGGAACUGCUGCUGAGCGCCCGCGCCGCCCUGCACCCCACGCUCUUCAACGGCGUGGCCGCCCGCGCCAGCUCGGAGACCGUCAGCGCGCUGCUGCGCGCCAGGUGCGAGGUGUCCAACAGGGUGGCCUACGGCGCCUUGCACGGUGUCACCUUGCUGGCGCGUGGCAACCCGCACAAGUACGAGAAUGCGAAGCUGCUUUUGGCGCAUCGGGCCGAUCCCAACCAUCGAGCACGUCCAAACUUGAAAUAUUUGCUCGGCCUGGAGUGCAAGCUGGCUUCAUGGAUAGUCGACAUCUAUGGCUACGAGACCUGCUCUACCAUGGCGCGUACUGGCGCCAGCUUGGCAGGUUUGACUCCACUGGGAGCGGCCGCGCUGACGGGAGACUCGCAGCUGGUGGGCCUUUUGCUCUCCGCGCGGGCGGAAAUUUCGCAGAACGACAGGGGGGACUUGCCUCAUGAGCUCGCAGCAGCUUGCGGACACACCCACCUGCUGCCGCUCUUGGAGACCAUGCAUGUCUAAGCGUCGGAAAAAAUAAAAGGGGGGCGAUCUUCACACGGCUGUAAGCCAAAAAUAGGCA